AUAUAAAGUACCCUAAGCUUCCUUAUUUCCCAAACCAAUCCUCUUCAUCAUUCAUCCAUUGUUCUUUUCUUGUUCACUGAUCUUCAUAUUAUGGCUUACGAGUAUGUAGUUGCAGUGAUAGUUUCAUUAUUGGGGUUUGUUAUUUUGUACAAGAGAAUAACCAGCAAGGAAAAAGCUUCUUCUUCUGUGUUUGGAGAGGAAAAUUGCGUAGAGAUAACUGGAAAUGUGGAGGUUGAUGCCGGGAAUACUACCGACGUUAUCAUUGUCGGCGCCGGAGUUGCCGGUGCUGCUCUUGCUUAUACACUUGGAAAGGACUCACGGCGAGUGUGUGUGAUCGAGAGGGACUUGAACGAGCCUGACAGGAUUGUUGGCGAGCUUCUGCAACCAGGGGGAUAUCUUAAAUUAAUUGAAUUGGGACUCGAAGAUUGCGUAGAACAGAUUGAUGCUCAAAGAGUUUACGGUUACGCUUUGUUCAAAGACGGGAAGAACACGAAGUUGUCGUAUCCACUCAAAAACUUUCGAUCCGAUGUUGCAGGAAGAAGCUUUCAUAAUGGACGUUUCAUUCAAAGGAUGCGGCACAAAGCUGCAACUCUACCCAAUGUAAGUCUAGAACAAGGAUCGGUCACAUCUCUGUUAGAAGAAAAAGGGACUAUCAAAGGGGUUCAGUACAAAACUAAGGGCGGUGAAGAGUUCACAGCCUAUGCUCCCCUUACUAUUGUAUGCGACGGUGGUUUCUCGAAUCUGCGGCGUGCUCUUUGUGACCCUAAGGUCGAUGUCCCUUCUUGUUUUGUCGGUUUGAUUCUGGAGAACUGUGAGCUUCCACAUGCGAAUCAUGGACAUGUUAUAUUGGCAGACCCUUCACCUAUCUUGUUUUAUCCUAUUAGCAGCACAGAGGUUCGUUGCUUGGUCGACGUACCUGGCCAAAAAGUACCGUCUGUUUCGAACGGUGAGAUGGCGCAUUACUUGAAAACUACGGUGGCUCCUCAGAUACCUCCUGAACUGUACACUGCUUUUAUCACAGCAGUCAAUAAGGGGAACAUAAGAAGCAUGACAAAUAGAAGCAUGCCUGCAGCUCCACUGCCAACUCCCGGUGCACUUUUAAUGGGGGACGCGUUCAAUAUGCGACAUCCUUUGACCGGAGGAGGGAUGACUGUUGCACUAUCUGAUAUUGUUCUCCUAAGAGAUCUUCUAAGACCACUCCACAAUCUUCAUGAUGCAUCUGCUCUUAGCAGAUAUCUCGAAUCCUUUUAUACCUUGCGGAAGCCAGUGGCAUCUACAAUAAACACAUUGGCUGGUGCCCUAUACAAGGUUUUUAGUGUCUCACCUGAUGCAGCAAUGGAGGAGAUGCGGGAAGCAUGUUUCAACUAUUUGAGCCUAGGAGGCUCAUUUUCAACCGGACCUAUAUCUCUACUCUCCGGUCUAAAUCCUCAUCCCAUAAGCCUAGUAAUACAUUUCUUUUCCGUGGCAAUAUAUGGCGUUGGCCGUUUGUUACUUCCAUUUCCUUCCCCAGCACGCAUCUGGACUGGGGUUCGUCUAAUUUCGGGUGCAUCAGGCAUUAUUUUCCCUAUUAUCAGGGCAGAAGGAAUUAGACAAAUGUUUUUCCCUGCAACUGUGCCAGCAUAUUACAGAGCUCCACCAGUUGAUUAAAUUGAGGGAACUAUGAAAAUUUCAGAACAAACCAAUUGUUUCUACAAGCAAAAGAAUUUCUAUUUGCAGUUCCAUUUUCUUCACUACCAAACACAUAGUUGGAUAAUCUGCCACAUUAUUUUAUUACUUUUCUAGCUAAGAAACAAGAACAGAUGUACAAUAGGAAUCAUGUUAGCUGUUUUCACAUAUCAUGUUACACUUU